AUGACUGACUAUAAAGAAGAACAACUACAAGAAUUAGAUAUAUUACAAUCCAUCUAUCCAGAUGAAAUAUCCAUCAUUAAUAAUGAAUUCCCAGCAAUUGCGUUGCAAGUUAAUUUACUAAUAGAAACUAUUCCCAAAGAUACUUCUUCAUUCACCGCGGAAAUGAUUGAUUGGGAGUAUCACUUAAAUAUUAUGUUCAAAUUACCAGAAAAUUAUCCUGAUGUAGCUCCACUAAUUGAGAUAACCCCUAUAGAAACCAAGAAAUCACAUAUCAAAGAAGAAGAAGAAGAAGAGGAAGAAGAGGACCAAGCAUAUGAUGAACAUGGAAACCCUAUCAAAUCCAAGAUCACUGAUAUACCUGGCAAAAUUCAUUUUGAUGAUGAGUAUAUUCAUGACAAACUUUUGUCCCAUACAAUUCCAUCACAAAUAGAAAAUGACAUGUUAUUAGGAAUGCCUAUGUUAUUUACACUUAUUAAUUCCAUCAAGGAAGAUGCUGAAGAGUAUUACACUGAAAAAUUACAUCAAUACGAAUUAAAACAUGAAAAAGAAAUCCAAGAAAGAGAAUUAAUAGAAAAUGCCAAGUUUGUCGGGACCAAAGUCACCAAAGAGACUUUUAAUGCUUGGAGAAUAAAGUUUAGAAAAGAGUUGAGCUUGGACGAAAGAAAUAAGGAAAGGUUAAUGAAAUCACAUGGCGGUAGAUUGAGUGGUAGACAAAUCUUUGAACAAGGUCUAGCUGGUGAUGACGACGAUGAACAAGAGUUGAUAGAAGGUGUAGCUGUUGUAUGA